CGUCAACCCAUUUUCCUCUGCACCUUUUGCACACGAGCUAUGGCGUCCUCCGAAAUAUCGGCACCGAAACUGUUCGCUCGCGACAUCGCUGCUUAUAGCGAUGCGGAACUUGACCGGUAUCUGGAAGAGAACAGAAGGUACGUCGACGUUGAGGAUCCAGAGAACCUUCCGGACAGCUUCAUUCAGAGAUUACGAGACCGGACGCGCCGCGCAAGCGAAACUGCUCAGUCCCACGCCAUCGAUCUUGGUCAAGUAGCCGCCCGGCUUCAGGACGUAGCCGCUGACCAAGAGCAAUCGCGCCGAUCGCCGUCCACCGCAACGACGGCACCCCUUGAUCCAGAGCAAGAUUACCUCAUGGAUCUGCGCCUCGAGACCGCAUUCUACAAUAUGCUUGUCGACGAUGGCGGCCGGCCUUCACACCCGCUGAGUCGGCUCGAGGAUGUCGCCAAAGACCCUGGAGAGUAUCGCGAGAUUCUCUCCUUCUGGCAACACGGAAACAACGAUGAAUGGAGGGUGUUUGGACACCAACUGAAUAGCUGGCAUGCAUUCCAGAGCCUCCAACGAUUCGCAAGGGGCCAGAGGGGCUACGAUUAUUGGCGGGGUGUUUGGGAAGAGAGCCGUAAAUUCAACAACAUAGCCUUGAUCAGGAUGCCAGGCGAGAGAGAUCCUGAAGAGGAGUGGGAAAACGUGUGGCAGUUGUAUCACACAUAUGACAAUACUGUAAAUCUCGGCGGCGCGCUCAUUCGAUGGGAACGAUUCGUCAAGCGCAAAGGGCAGACGACUGAGCAGCAAGGCUUUCCAGAGUAUGCCGAAGCGCUGAAAGAACGACUGGCGAGGCAUGGGUUCACGCGGGCAUUCAAGCUCGAAGAGGAUGCCGCCCGGCAGGACAAGAUGACGACCUGGAUCGAACACCUUGGCUACCAGUACUGGUGUUACCAGAAACGGCACGACAAAGCUUGGAACAAGCUCGUUGACUCGAAGGUGCUAAGGCCUGGGGAGACGGAGGAAGUCAUAUGCGAUAUCAAUACUUCCUUUCGAGAUGCGAGUGAAAUCGAGAGGGCCAAGAGGGCUGUGCAAUCCGCGAUACAGCGACAGUCCAAACUCUCUCCACAGACACUUGAACAACGACUAUUAGCUGCGCGAUCCAAGCUGGAGACUGUGCAGGAGGAGUACGAGUCGCUUGAGAGACGCAGUAAAUGUAUUACCGAGUUCAUUCAGCAGACAACGCAUUAUCAAAACGCCAAAAGUGAUGCACAGCGCCGCGAAGCACUGCUGCGAUGGAUGCUGCAGCAAGUUCCCCGGAUUGAGAGCGAACUGAACCCGCCGAACGACCGUAGCUCGGACAGGAGAGGUGGAAAGAACAUGCUCAAACGCAAUCGAUUUGAUGAGCUCGAUGAGGAGCAGCAUUCCCAAGAGCAGAGACGCGAUGAAGGUAUGGGCAGUUCCAUCGCGGACCGGCUUGCUCCGACAGCCGUCAAUUCCCAAAAGGGUGAAAGACACUAUGGACCACCUUCCAAGCGGCGAAGGCGCACUGCAACUCUAUCCCACAAUGCGGUACCCAAUUCAGAAGAUCCAAAUUCAUCAACUGGAACAUUUGAAAUCUCAAAGACCGCCCCAAAAACAGAAAGCAGGCCACAGAAUGUGAAUGGCCAGGCUCUUCGCCGCAGUUCCAGGAUCGCGGAAAGAGUAAAGAGAUUGAAUGCUACAACCACAGCCGCCACAUUAGCACAGGCACCAACGCCUACAUCGUCAAUACCACCAAAGAAGCAGAACGGGAAGCGAGGCCGCCCUAAGAAGGCUAGUCGGAGGCACACCUUAAAGAAGGGUUGA